AUGAGUCUGACAUUUGACAUUAAGUCCAUCAACAUUAAUGGGGCUUCGCAUCGAAUUUUAUUGCAAAACGAAAACGGACCCUGUGCACUUCUAGCACUGUGUAAUGUACUGCUACUGUCACCGCAGCUUAUGAGCCAAGCAGGGCCCUUGAUAGAGCUAGCCUUGGCCAAAAAUGAAGUUGGUUUGCACGAAAUAAUUGCCACUCUGGCCAACAUUGGCCUACAAAUGCCACGAAGUGCGCAUUCGGAUGUGGAUCGUCUUCUGCAGCUGCUGCCUCAAUUGCACACAGGGCUCUCUAUAAACCCUAUCUUCAACGGGUCUUUUGAAGAUGGAGACGAAAUGGCCCUCUUCAGACUUUUCAACGUCAGUGUUGUGCAUGGAUGGCUGGCUGACUACGACAGCGAUCCACUUCAAUAUGAGCAUAUUUGCAAAUACUCGUAUGAGGGAGCCCAGAAAGCGUUAAUCGAAGCCUACGACAUCCAGCACGGCAAUAUUGCAGCGACGGAACAAAAUCGCGCAGUGAUUGAAGAUGCUGGAUUUAUUAAAUCGUUCUUGGCGAGAUCUGCAACGCAGCUUACGGAGUGCGGUCUUGAACAUUUGAAAGAGCUGCUACUCGAGAACUCGUAUGCCGUAAUGUUUCGUAACGAUCAUUUCUCGACUAUAUUCAAGAACGACAAUGAAUUGUUUGUUCUGGUAACAGAUUUGGGCUUCAAGAACGAUGCCAGCGUGGUGUGGCAAUCCCUGAAAUCGGUGAACGGGUCACAGGACUCUUUUUUCACUGGCAAUUUUAUUCCAGCUACAUUUAGACGCUCAUCUACACAAGCCAGUUCUAUGACCACCAGUGGCGCUAGAGUUCAUGCGAGUAAUCCGUUCGAAGAUCCAAUGGCGUCGCAUACCAAUGCCUCCGGAACCGAUCCCAAUUUCAUGACUGACGAGCAAUAUGCACGCCAAUUGCAAGAACAAGAAGACGCGCGAGUGGCCAGGAACAUUCAAAGAAAUUACGAGGCUGCAAACGCCAAAAGAAAUUCUAGCAAUGGAAACAAGUCUAAGGCGGAGAAGGACACCAAGAAAAAAAGCGGUUCUCACAAGCGCAAGCGCGAUAAAUUGAAGAAGAGCUGCGUUGUAAUGUGA